AAGACGGACGUCCGGGGCAGUGAUUGCCCACCACCACAAAGAAGAAUUAUGGUUUGAAACAAUCACACAACUUGAUCCCUGAUUUCCAGACAUUAAAAUUUUUUUUCCUUUUUUUGCAGCACAUUUUGCUUCUUUCCUUCAAAGUAAGAUGGAGGGAGAUAUUUAAUAUUACAGAAGACACCUGUACUAACAAACUGUGUGGGUUGACAGGUUGUCAGCGAUUUUUUUGUCCUGUUUUUUUAAUAAAAUCAUAAUUCUGGGCAGAAGAGAAACUUAAACCCAUCACUGAUCACAAGCGAAGAACAGGAAGUUGGGUUUUGUCUAACAACAAUUACAAUUAUCUUGGAGAAGACAACAGGAGGACAAAGAAAUACUUCUAGGAGCUCCCAAAGUCCUGUCAUUCUAUCCCGUCUCUUUGAGACCUUGCCUUCAGUUCGUUAUGAGUGAACCCUCCAGCUGCAACACAGAGUCAAAGUGUCUGGCUGAUUUCAAUGGUGAUCCUGCCUGGGGCUACCGAGGAAAGAUACCAGACCAUGUUAGCACUAAACAGUGCUACACCAGCAGUGUCAGAAAGAGAAGCAAGGUUCGCCUAAACGACCAACUUACACCAAAACCGACUAAUAUAAAUUUAUUGGAGAAAAUGAUGAAAACUGCUACUCUGAAAGAGCACCCUUAUUCCUCGCACAUUUCCCGGUUUGCUGUGUUCCCGUCGUUCCUUUCCCCAGAUGAUCUAGAGAGGGGAGUCAGAGCUGCUUCCCAGAGUUUUAUAAACCCUCUCAUUCCAAACAAAGCUCCAGAUGUCACUGUAGUCAGUAAAACUAUAGGAGGUCCAUACAGGCAUGAGAUCUUGGAAAACCCCACUAAAACCAGGAAAGUGGCAGUUUCUUGGACAGGAGAGAAUGGUUUUUUAGAUCAUCCCAAACCAGUAAAAGCGGAGAGACAGAUUUUCUACCCAGCUCCUCCAAAGACAGUACUGCCUAAUCUAAAACUUCGGGACUGGGAUCUGUCAUUAUCAGAGCGCACAAGCAACAUGCUGAGAAACCUGGAGAGGAAACUUUGGACCACCUCUUACAAGAUGGACUUUACUGGAUCAGGGCCUUCAAACCCUUUGAAGAUAGAUGAUUUUAAGGAAAAAAUUAUCACCCUGACUAGGAUCAAUUCACACUCUGCACCUCUGAGAGAAAGGUCCUAUCCCCUGUUUGCUCCAUCUAAACCCAAAGGAGGAUAUGGACAAAGACAACAAAGCAAACUGAGAGAACACUUCUAUAGCCCCAGUUUCAAUGAAACCCAGGUGCCAGCUGAAAAUCAAAGCACUACUACAUCUUAUAUAAACCAGCAGCCCCAAGGGCCCUUGGCUAAUUAUAAAGGAGCAGCAGUUAUGACCCAAAUGGAUCACAGUCUAUCAGAGUCCAAAACUGGCUUCACAAAUCCACAGCACACUGAUUUUUGCAUGGAGAUCUUACCAAAGCAGCAAUCUCGAGGUAAAAGCGCUGCUGAUCAUGGCAGACAAGAAGAUAAUCGCAAAGUCCGAUUUAAUGAAAGCCUAAUGCAGGAAUGUGAAUGUAAGAGCAACCAAGCUGCUGCUGUCCAGCUCUCAAACCCACAACAGCACUUCAACCUGAGCAACCAGCCGUAUUCCCACAAAAAGGAGCAGGUAAAGAAAGAGAGAUAUUUAAGAGAGCAGCAAAAUGGUAAUCAACCAAUCAAAAAGGAGGACUUCGAAUUUAGAAAUGCAUCCUGCUCUGAAUUACACGAUCAGCUAUUAACUAAAGAGGAAAUUAAAACAAGGAGCAGAGAGCUGUUAAACUCUAGCCCUUACACCUCCAUCCUGCCGCGGCCUCCUGUUCAUUGUACAAAUACUUUUGAGAGAGUGGGUCGGACAGGCAGCGAUCUCAGCAUUCUGGAUCUCCAAAACUCAUUCAGCAAGUCAGAAGCACAUUGUAGAUUCAACAGCUCGGUUACUCAUGGUGCAGUGAACCUGAGGGACAAUGUAGUAACAGGGAAAAGACACAGCUUCUAUGGGAUCAACUGCAACCAUAUUCAUGGUUGAAUAUAAACAAAGAAGGCUAACAAUUAAUGAUGGUUAAUAGUAUACAAACCCUGUUAUUAUAAAUAUUUACAAUGGUUAUUCUGAAUAUGUAUAAUUACAGACAGAAUUUUGUUUCAGUAUCUGGAAUU